UUGUCUGGUCCAGAUUAGCAGCAUAAGUAAGGAGCAGAGUGCUGUGGUACAUAAGAGCAGGCCACAGUCACCAGUGAUGAAAUCGCCAAAAGUGACCACCCCUCGACAGUUGAGGCGAUCGGCUUCCACUACCCCAAUAGCAUCCUCAUUGAGAUCUUCGGGCAAGCCAGGAAUUACUCCGUCUUCAACCAAGAGCAAGAACCUUUCAACAGGAGAGAAGAAAAAUGCAGUUCCUAAAGCCUUGCACAUGUCGAUUGCUUUGGGUUCCACAAAUUCUCAUCCGGCUUCUCCCGCCACAAGGAAAUCUUUCAUCAUGGAGAGAAUGGGGGAUAAGGACAUUGUCAAGCGAGCAUUCAAGAUGUUCCAGAACAAUAAUGCGGGCCAGAAGUUGUCUGGCGAAGAAUCAGAGAAGGUGCUUUCCAGGGAGGGAGAACCAAAGGCUUCCAUUCCCCUAAUUAGACAGAAGGAAAAUGGGGGGCCACUUAAAGCAGGGAGUGGGGCACAAAAAGCUUCUCAGCCUGCGUCUUCUUCCUAUGGCUCCAGAAGUGAUGAGAGGGCGGGAAGGUUGCAGAGGUUCCACUGUUAAUGAAGAAGUUGAAGGAAAGAUCCACGGCUGUAGAUAAAGGAAAGCUGCAAUCUCAAGCAAAAUUAAAGG